CUUUCUUUCUUUUUUUUUUUUUUUUUUUUGACCCGGAAACCACGGGUGCCGGAGCUCAACUCGAUCCUGUGUUUUCGCGGCGCGAGUCGGGUUAGCCUCUGGUCCUCGCGUGGGCCCCGCUGAGCCGGACGCUGCCCCCGGCGCAGCGGGGAGGAUGGUGCCGAGCGGCCCCGGGCCCGCCGCGCGCCGCCGAGAGUGAGGGGGACAAACAGCUGGCCCGACCGGGCCCGGGCUGCGCCGCUGCCCACCGGGGCGGGGUGAAGCUGUUCAGAAUAAUGUUUAACAUCAACCCCCUGGAGAACCUGAAGGUGUACAUCAGCAGUCGGCCUCCCCUGGUGGUCUUUAUGAUCAGUGUGAGUGCCAUGGCAAUAGCUUUCUUGACCCUGGGCUAUUUCUUCAAAAUCAAGGAGAUUAAAUCACCAGAAAUGGCAGAGGAUUGGAAUACUUUUCUGCUACGGUUUAAUGAUUUGGACUUCUGCGUAUCAGAGAAUGAAACGUUAAAGCAUCUCAUGAACGACACUACAACUCCAGAAAGCACAAUGACCAGCGGGCAGGCCAGAGCAUCCACACAGUCCCCCCAGACCCUGGAGGAUUCAGGCCCAGUUAAUAUCUCAGUUGCAAUCACCCUAACCUUGGAUCCACUCAAACCCUUUGGAGGGUACUCUCGCAAUGUCACUCAUCUGUACUCAACCAUUUUAGGGCAUCAGAUUGGACUCUCAGGCAGAGAAGCCCAUGAAGAGAUAAAUAUUACCUUUACCCUGCCUACGGCUUGGAGCUCAGAUGACUGUGCACUUCAUGGUCACUGUGAGCAGGUGGUGUUCACAACCUGUAUGACCCUCACAGCGACCCUUGGUGUAUUCCCUGUCACCGUACAGCCACCACACUGUGCUCCUGACACAUACAGCAAUGCCACACUCUGGUACAAGAUCUUCACAACUGCCAGAGAUGCCAACACAAAAUAUGCUCAAGAUUACAAUCCUUUCUGGUGUUACAAGGGGGCCAUUGGGAAAGUCUAUCAUGCUUUAAAUCCCAAACUUACAGUUAUUGUUCCAGAUGAUGACCGUUCAUUAAUAAAUUUGCAUCUCAUGCACACCAGUUACUUCCUCUUCGUGAUGGUGAUAACCAUGUUUUGCUAUGCUGUUAUCAAAGGCAGACCCAGCAAAUUGCGUCAGAGCAAUCCUGAAUUUUGUCCUGAGAAGGUGGCUUUGGCUGAAGCCUAAUCCCACAGUUCCUUGUUUUCUGAGAGAGACUAAGAGAACCAUAAUCAAUCAUUGCCUGCUGAACUCAGCCUGGGUCUGGACACUCUGUGAAUACAUUAUCUUGCAAUGUUGGGUUAUUCCAGCCAAAGACAUUUCAAGUGCCUGUAACUGAUUUGUACAUAUUUAUAAAAAUCUAUUCAGAAAUUGGUCCAAUGAUGCACGUGCUUUGCACCGGUUGUAGCCAGAACCCUUCAGCCUCACUUGUGGACUUGUGGACCUGGAGGGAUACUUUUGUAUAGUGCUAGAGAGAAUUCAUGGAUCUUGCUGCCUUGAAGCAGGUCAUGAUGUUUUUACCCAGGCCACAGGCGCGUUUCAUUGCUGGUGGGGUUGAGGUUUGGUUUGGUUCUUGUUUCAGCCCUCUAUGUACAGAGUGUUUGACACAGUCUGCACCUUUGAUAUGAUACUGCAUUUUCAAAGCCACCAGUCCAUUCCAUGGAUUUUAUGUGUCUGUGGCUUAAUAAUCAUAGUAACAACAAUAAUACCCUUUUCUCCAUUUUGCUUGCAAGGAAACAUACCUAGCUAAGUUUUUUUUUUUUUUUUUUUUUUGAAGAAAAAAUGAAAUAGUCACAUUUUAAUACUACUCUAGUUAGGACAGACUUGUGCUUUUAUCCUGAGUAAAAAGUAAAAUAUUUAAAAGUCACCUACAUGAUAAAGAUCUAAGUUUCAUUUUCCACAUGGAUGUGAGGAACCUGGUCUUGUUUGAGUUGGCACAGAAUGUUCUGUCUUUGUCCUCUUUUGCCCCUUGCUUCUCUCAUAAAAGUUAAAGCAGCUUCUUCACUCAAAAGGGCUUAAAAAUUAAGUAAAUGGCUCUCAAUUAGAGCAACAAUUAGCUGUUCUAAUUUCUGGAAUACAGAUGACGGUAUAGAAGGAAAGAAUGAUGAUUUUGGUCUAAUAGUCAUGAAGGGUUUCUUGUUUUUUUUAAAAAGAGAGUAUAUUUCCCCCUUUUUUCUUUUUGGAUUUGUCUUUAUGCAACUAACAUAUCUUCAGAAGGAAAAUGGCAGUAGAUAACGUACCAUUAUGGAAAUGAUGCCUCUGAAGUUUGAAGGAAUGCAAUUCUGAUUGGCUUUUUAUCAGGGAAAACGAUAAGCAUCGUUAAAUCAUCUAGUUCUUCUAGAUGAUCCCUUCUUUCUUCUUUCCCUUCUUUCUUAUAAUCCUUCAUUUUAAAGAAAUUGCACAUUAUUUUCCCCAAUUUUUUCUUGUUACUCAUAUUCUUACUAUUUUUCUUAAUAACUUCUUGCCUUACUAACCUAUUGUCACUAAUGACUUUUUCCAGGCAGUGUUAUAGCAGAAGGGGAAUUAAAACCUUGAACAUGCCUGUCAGCACUUCUUUUUCUUAACUCUAGGUCUGUAGUCUGUUCUAAAUUAGAAUUAGUUCUUGCGAUCUGAAAUACAUUGGCCUAGAACUUUUUAUCCCAGGUGUGCUUGAAUGGAAAAUAAUUGUGGGCUUUUACUGAAAAUUGUUAAAAUAAUCAUUAUAGUAACUUUAUAUGUUUAUAUUCUUUUUUUUUCUUUUAGUAUAUUUCAAGCACAGUAAUCAUACCUAACUAUCUAGUCUUUUUUUUUUUUUUAUAUGAUACAAUUUGCUUACUUGAUGCAUGGCUAACUUGUUAAUUUAGUUUUCUCUUUAGAGAUGAGACCCUUAUGAGACAAGAUUGAGAAAGAGCCAUUUGGCUUGGCCUUUAGAAACUUCAGUAUCCUUAGGACCACCAGAUUUUAGAGUAAGCUGCUACUGAAUUAAAUCUCAAGUGGAGUUAUAGGAAUAGAUUUAUAACUGACAGAGUAAUAUAAAAUGAAAAAAGACAAGUGAAGAAAGUUUCACUGGUUUGUUCAAUCCAACCUGUUGCUAAAUAUUAAUUACCCUAGUUUUAAUUAUAGGGAAUAGUUGGAAUCUGUAGCCAGGGGAAGGAGGACACUGUUAGGCAUGAGGAAAGGAAGUGCCAAAAACGCCUGGACAACAUGAUUUGUCCCGAGGCCAGGACGCACAACACACACUUUACAAUCACCUGCAUUCACACUAGCAGGUAAUUCUCAGAUCUUUUAGAAACACGAGUCAAUCGGGUGUUUAAAGGCAGGCUGGGGAAGAGAGGUGGUCCUGGGUUGUGGAUACAGAGGCCUAGUACCUGGAGAGACUUCCACUGAAUCUCAGGAAGUCCAGGGGACCUUGGGCACAUAGAGACCAGGUCUGAUCCUCAGCUGUAGCUUGCUGGUGGACCUCAGGACUAAAAGAGUAUUACAGAUGGGCCCAUUUGCCAUCUGGAGUGACCCUGCACAGGAGCACUGGCUUGUCCUCAGGCACCUUGGACUAGAGGUCCAACAAAAGGUCAGCAACUUACUAUUAAAAUGGUUGUUUCAGAUCAUAUUGAUCUCUUUCCUUUUUCUUUUUGUCCUUUCGCUGUAUGACUUGAAUCAGUUUUGAUUCUAUUUGUAAGUUUUUCUCAUCAUUAGGAAUCUGCCAUUUCUGUCGCAUUUUCUUUGGCAGUGUGUAGGGAUUCAGCUUCCUGGUUUUUCAACCCUCCUGCAGGCACUGUGGGGUUACGAGGGCUAGUGGAUCCAUUUCACUUCUCUUGCUGCAUGAUGGUCAGUAGCUGAUCUGUUACGGCAUUCACUCCCAGGUUAAUUUUCUGUGUUUGAAAUAUGUGCAUAUGUGCUUUACAGAAUAAAACAUCUGAAUUUA